CCGUCUGUGGGUGCAGCAGGAUGCGGGGGCUGCAGCGCGGUGGGUUCCUGCUGCCGGAGAGAAGCCGGCGUUCCGCUGCGGGCCCAGGCGCAGACAGUCUAUAAGAAAAUCUUUAGUGCUAUUUUGAGUGGGUGAAGCGGCGGAGGAGGAAAAAUGCCCAGACAAACAGCAGUGACAGUUACUGUGGCCACCCUGUUGGGCAUUGCAGUAGGGGGUCUGGUUUUGUGGAAAGUAAGCCAGCAUCGAAAAAAAAGAGUCUGUCGUGGUUGUAACCAAGUUGGAGCUCUGAGAAGGUCAGAAGAUGAGGAACUGACGGAAGUGGAGGAGAAGGAGUUACAUUCAUGUGUUAGUUCUCUCACCAUUUCCUGGGUAGAGAAGAUCCUUGGUGCAGAAAUAGUGAUAAUUUCAGAGGCAGAGGAGUGGGAUCGAGUGGAACCAUUACUGAAGAAGGAGCUGCAGAGGUGUCCAAUCCUUGGGAUUGACUGCGAGUGGGUGUCAGUGGAAGGAAAGGCCAGUCCUGUAUCCCUCUUGCAGAUGGCCUCUUCCAGUGGCUUUUGCAUUCUUGUUCGAUUACCCAAGUUGGUCAGCAAUGGACAGACUGUCCCAAAGUCUUUACUGAACAUCUUGGUAGAUAGCACUAUAUUAAAAGUUGGAGUCGGAUGUUGGGAAGAUUCUUGCAAGCUACUUCAGGACUAUGGCCUUGCAGUCAAAGGGAGCGUAGACCUCCGGUACCUCGCAAUGAGACAGAGGAAGGAUCUGCUCUGUAAUGGACUCAGCCUCAAAUCUCUAGCUGAGAGCAUCUUAAACUGCCCUCUCGACAAAUCUCUUCAUUUGCGCUGCAGCAACUGGGAGGCAGAAGAGCUGACUCCAGACCAGGUCUCUUAUGCUGCCAAAGAUGCCCAGGUCUCAAUGGCUCUGUUUCUCCAUCUGCUGGGACUCUUCUUCAUCCCUGCUGCAUCUGGAGGUGAAAAUGCUGUUGUUGCUUGGCAAAAAGUACUGGGCAAGUGCCAGGGCUUGAUGGAUGUCCCUUUCAGGGGAAGAAGUAGCAACAGUCUAGGAGAUGAUGGAAAUGGAGAAGUGGACUCCCAGCAGAAACCAAGGAAUCGGAAGUCGGCAUCUAAUGGCCAGUCCCCAGUAAAUCAACAAGUGAAGGAUCCCCGCAAACAGAAGCGAAAGCCCCUCGGUGUGGGAUAUUCUGCAAGAAAAUCCCCCCUGUAUGAUAACUGCUUCCUGCAUGCACCAGAUGGACAGCCUCUGUGCACUUGUGAUCGCAAAAAGGCCCAAUGGUACCUGGACAAGGGCAUUGGAGAGUUGGUGAGCACAGAUCCAUUUGUUGUGAAGCUGCAGUUCGAGCCCUCAGGACGUCCUGAGUCACAAGUCGAUUAUUAUCUGACAGUUAAGGAGAACCUGUGUGUGGUGUGUGGCAAGAGAGAGUCCUACAUCCGGAAGAACAUCGUACCUCAUGAGUACAGGAGACACUUCCCCAUCCAGAUGAAGGACCACAACUCCCAUGACGUUCUGCUGCUUUGCACUUCUUGCCAUGCCAUCUCCAAUUACUACGACAAUCAUCUCAAACAGCGGCUGGCCGAGGAGUUUGGUGCCCUCAUUGGCUGUGAGGAAGGGGUGCGCCUGCUGGAGGAUCCCCUGCGAAGGCAGGUCCGGUCAGGGGCCAGGGCUUUGCUGAAUGCAGACAGCUUGCCUGACACCAGGAGGGAGGAGCUGCUGCAAGGAAUCAAGGACUUCUUUAACACAGAGACCAUUACUUCAGAGAUGCUUCAGGAAGCAGCAGGCCUGGAAACCAGGAUUUGUAAUGAGAGCUACAUGCCACAUGGGCUGAAGGUAGUGCAGUGCUUCGCCAAAGGGGGACUGCGCUCGCUCAUGGAACUGGAGAGGCGCUGGCGGCAGCACUUUCUGGACACCAUGCAACCGAAGCAUCUUCCAGAGCGGUGGUCAGUCAACCACAAUCAUGGGAAGCUGAUCCGAAAAUAUGGGGAGGACCUUCGGAUCCAGCUGUCGUGAAAGUGACUCCAGAUAGCGACUGGAAGGACUAUUUGACUUUUAUCUCCCUUUUGGAGCUGCAAGCUCCUGGGUACAGGAUGGCCCAGGGAGACUCCUGUUGUCAGCAGUGGCUCUGCUGGGACUCAGCAACACUACCAGUGGUUAAAUCAUGUGACUUCAAUGUUAAAAGAUGGUUGGAAUUUUUAACCAUGGUCUGAAUGGAGCUGCUUGGUUCUUCACCAUCUUGUUUUACAGAGAUGGGGUCGUCAUGUAUGCAGACAUGAGCUCCUCCACUUUUAUUAGACUGUUUCAAUCCACAGGAGAUGUGCUAAGGAGACUUUUCCUCUGCUCAAACGGACCGGACAAAAAUUGGCACUUUCUAAAGUGUUCUGAGCCCUCUGCCAUCUUUGAGAGAUGAACAGGGCAGAUUCUGCCAGAGAG